AAGAAACCUAAAAGCCGCGACAACCGAUCCACAAUCCCUGAUUUUCACUUCCACAUCCAGGACAGCUGCCUCGCUUGCAAGGGAUUACCAAAAGAUCACCAAAAGACUCGACAAGACAGAACGGCCUCGUACCAAGCCAACGGGCAUCGGGCGAAACGUACCUCAUCUGGCAGAAUAGGCAGUUCUUGGCAGGAGACUAAGAUAUGGCAGGGCGGCUCACUUAUUCGUGAUGGAGCGGGGGAGGAAGUCUUGUGACACUGCCGUGCGAGGCCGAGAUAGCGGUCAAGCCUUUUACAUUUCGGCUGGAUACUUUUUCAAUCUCGGUUUUCUCCGCGCCCAGACUGUGGCAUUUGAAGAUCAGGGUCCACACCCUGCCCGACGGGACAAUGCAGGCUCGGCAGGGUUCUCCUCCCGCACACAUCAAUCAUUUCGGCCGAGUACCCACGCAGAGUUUGCGUCGGGGAAACUUGCCUGUUUCCGAAAAUGGAAAUACGCCAAGAUUGCGGCCGCCCGCCGCCCUACCACAACUUUUGCAACGUCUGUUCCCAAACCAGAAAUUUUUGCCGGUCAUGGAUGGAAAAGAUCGGUCGAGAUCGUCUCAUAUGCUCAUCGGACGAGGGGAACCUGGGAAUUUGUUCAAGUGUUGUGCUAUGACCACGUGGGGGACGCCGCACAAUUGGCACAUGGGGCGAACUUGCGAAGUUCAUCCCUGUUUGGCAAUGGAGGCGUAAACUGGUGUGGAAUAACAGGAUGGGGUACGGAUGGGUACGUACUCAACCAUCUUCAUCGUAGCACCAGGUUCCAGCAGGUCGAGAUUUGCCAGCUCAAAGGAUUGGCAAAUGGGAUGAUCUGAGUUUCACCCCUUCUUUUCCAUCUUGGUCUACCUAAAUCGUGUCGGUCAUCUCCACGGAGGCGAGGACAAGUCAGGGAAGCAGUAUAAAACUCUGUCUGCCUCCGAACACACCGGUCGCCCCUAUG